AUGUUUUCCCUAAUCGACUGCCCCGUAAGUACACGCGUAGCUUCAUUGCGAUUACCAUUAACAGGGCAGCCUUUGCAUACCGAACGCCAGGCUCUUCGCGUGCUCUUCCCAGCAACCCCGACCACCUGCAUAACACCCGCGAAGCUACCUAUAGUUGUAUCAAAGACAGGGCUGAGUGGUUGCUCGAGUAGCGCCCUCCAGAACCUUUUGCAUCAUCGAACGCGCAUUCCAUCCCGACACCGUGUACAGCAUAAAGAUCGACCAAAAUACUUCGCGAGGAGUACUUGCGUUUAA